UUACAUCAUCGCAUGAAAUCAAGACCUCUAUCAGGCUCUUCAUAAAAGCACCCCACAGAAGUCAAACUGCAACAGAGAGAGAGGACAUCUGAAAGGACAACAUUAAUACAGAUGCUCCUCGUGACCUUGUCAUUACGGAUAUUCUUUAUAAAGGUGCAAAAUGGCUGUAGCUAGAAUGCCAAUGGCUGCUUUAAGAACGUCAAAUGAAAAUGAGGAGGACUACAGUGCUUAUGCAAACAUGUCUGAUGAAGAGCUGUUGCAGUUGGCUAUUGAACGAAGUCUAGCGGAUAGCAACUUCACCCCACGUCAGAAUCAACAAAUUCAUUCCCACGUGAUGCCAAGUACUUCUUCAGCAACGCAAAGGACCCCAAGCAACCCUAACCCAUCCAGUCUCCAUGUGACCGCCUCUGCUAACCCUCCCAGUCAGAAUCAUUGUCAAAAAAUUAGCAGAGAUAGUUCAAAUCAUAUCUUUAAUACGACUGAAGACAAGGUGAUUGCUUGGACAAGGUACAAUGGACACCUGCGGGUAACAGUGGAGCCUGUGGAUGAUUUAGACCCUUUUCUCUCAGCGAUUUGGAAAGGUAAUGCAAAGGCUUUAGAAGAGAUGAUUCCUUCAAGACUUCACAUUCUCGAUGAACCCAAUAAGGAAGGGUCGAUUCCACUUCAUGAAUGUGCAUUCUAUGGUCAUGUUGAAUGCCUUAAGAUUUUACUUGAAGCCAGGCCGGAUACAAUCAACAAACGAAUGAAUAAGAAUCAGACAGCGCUUUAUGUGGCUGUGAGUCGCAAACAUUUUUCUUGUGUCGACUAUCUCGUGAGACAAGGUGCCGAUCCCAACAUUGCAAAUAGCCUGUGGGAGACACCACUGAUGAAAGCAUGUGAGAAAGGGAAUGAAGCAAUAGUGAGGGUUCUUUUGAAGUUUGGAGCCUCACCGAACAAAGCCUGUGUUCAAGGUGGAACUCCACUACAUGAAGCAGUGGGGCACAUAAACUUAGAGAUUUGUAAGAUGUUGCUACAAGCAGGGGCAAAUCCAAAAGCCAAAAAUAUUUAUGGCAUUGAUUCUGUGUUUACGGCUGCCCAGUGUGGUGCUGUCGAUGUGCUUAACCUCCUACUUUUAAAAGAUGAAAAUGUCAAUACCCAGGCGAAUGAUGGUGCCACUGCAUUGUUUGAAGCUUCUAAGAAUGGUCAUACUGAAAUCGUUAAGAUCCUCUUGGCAAAAAAUGCUGACGUUAACAAAGCCAACAAGAGUGGAUUGCUUCCUAUUCAUGUUGCAGCAAAAAAUGGUCAUAACAAAAUUGUUGCCCUACUAAUCCCUGAAACCAGUAGAGCCAAAAUAGUAUGGUGUGGCAUUAGUCCCCUCCACUUUGCCGCAGAACGUAACAGAGAUGAUGUUUUAGAAACCUUAAUUGAAGCUGGGUAUGAUGUCAACGCAACACUCUCAGAUAGUUGGUCAAAGAUGUAUGAAGAUCGCCGAAGAACUGCUCUGUACUCGGCUGUGGUGAACAGAAACCUAGAGGCAGCCAGCAUGCUGUUAGAAGCAGGCGCUGACCCAAACCUGGACAUCUUCAAUCCUCUGCUAGUGGCAGCGAGGAAAGCAUGCAUAGAAAUGGUGAUGCUACUGAUUAAGUAUGGUGCAAAUGUCAAUGCCUUACUACCAACUCAUCCCACGAUGUUCCCGGCAGUGUUAGUUUUUUGCGUGAACUAUUUGGCAAUGAUGAAGUACGUCCUGGACAAUGGCUGUGAUGCGCAGUCAUGUUUCACCUGUCAGUAUGGAAACAAUCCUCAUCCCCCAAUAAAAACAAGACGAAACACAAGAGAAACAUUAUAUUAUUUAUAUGAUGAGCCAUCUGAGGAGUGUUUACAGUUUUGUGAGAUCCUUUCUGCUCCAUUGGUCAGCUCCUGGGUGGGACCCAUCAUUGACAUGUUGCUUGACUAUGUGGGCCACGUUAAACUUUGCUCGAGAAUAGCUGAACAUUUAGACAGCAACAAUGAUUGGGCACUUAUUAAAGAGAAAACUGUUUCUCCUUGCACCUUGAUGCAUCUGAGCCGACUGAAGAUUCGGCAACAAAUAGGAACCCACAGACUGAGGCGUAUACCUGCUCUCCCUCUACCAAGGAGAAUAAUCAAGUUUUUGAUCUAUGAACGAGAAUCAUUUAAGGAUACCAUGUAUUGAACGUUCACAUUCUUAAAGCGAUUGUUCACCCAAAAACGAAAAUUCUGCCAUUAUUUACUCAUCCUCAUGUUGUACAAAACCUGUAUAAUGAGCUUUUUGUUCUGCUGAACACAAAGGAAGAUAUUUUGAGCAAUGUUUACAACCAAACCGUUUUUGAGCACCACUGACUUCCAUAGUAUUUUACUUACUAUGCAAUUCAAUGGUGCUUUUGUUUCCUACUGGAUUAAUAAUGUCUUCCUUUGUCUUCAGCAAAACAAAUACAUUUAUACAGGUUUGGAACAACUUGAGGGCGAGCAAAAAAUUAAUUUUGAUUUUUGGGUGAACUAUCCCUUUAAUGAUUGCUUGAAUAUCAUCAAGGUGUAUAGAGUAUAGAGUGGAGUUAAUGUAAAUUACAGUAGUCAUCAAUAUCCAGCCUACUGCCUUGCGAUUCCAAAACGAGGCUGUGAGCGAUGGACGUCCAGAGAGUGAGCUUUAUACUUAUUAUUUUCUACUGGGAUGCUGGUCAUUCAGCCAUCAAAACACAGAAAAUUCACACUUUUACACAUUUCUGUAGAAAUUACAGUAUGACUGGCAGCUGUUUGACAGUAACUUACCAUAGAUUUAGGUUAUUUCCUGGCAACAGUUUGUUUAAAGUUAAAUGAACUAACAAGUCUUUUUCUUUACAGCACAUAAAACUAAAAUAACAGCCUCAUGCAAAGCAUUCUAAAAACCAAAAUCUGAAGGGAAAAAACGAAAAAUGGUUGAUGAGGAUUUCUGGUUCCCAGAAUGCUUUGUAAAUAACAUACACUGUAAUUCAGUAGAAAUUACAGUGUUACUUCCAGCUGGUUACCAGUAACUUACCGUAAAUUUAAAUGUAUGUUAUUUACUGGCAACAUUUUGUUCAAAGUUAAAUGAACAUUAAACAUUUACAAGUCUUUGUCUUUACAGAGUAAAACUAUAAAAUAACAGCCUCAUGCAAAGCAUUCUGGGAAUCAGAAAUCAACCUUUUUCAGUUUUUUGCUUCAAAUUUUGUUUCCCAGAAUGCUUUGCCUGAUGCUGUUAUGUUAGUUUUACUCUGUAAAGACAAAGACUUGUAAAUGUUUAAUGUCCAUUUAACUUUGAACAAAACGUUGCCAGUAAAUAACAUACAUUUUAAUCUACGGUAAGUUACCGGCGACCAGCUGCAAGUAAUCACUGUAAUUUCUAAAAAAAAUUUGUUUACAGUAUACAUUUAAAUCUACAAUAAGUUACUGGCAAACAGCUGCUUAACUACACCAAAGAUUUUACACAUUUCCACAGAAUAUAAUGCAUUGUUAAAAUUAGAAGGGACAUAAGAUUAAAGCAAUGUUAUUAACCUGUUGCCUAAUCACUAAUUUCUAAUGUUGUAAGCAUCCUUACUUUACUAUAGUCCUAUAACUAAGUACAUAUCUCCAAUUGUACAGAAUACAAAAAAACGCAAGGCAUGAAUAUGUUAAAAACUUUUCUCCGGGAAUUUUUUAUAAGCACAUUGACUGGAAUCAACAGAAGCAGGAUUAAUUUUAAUCUAAAUAACAUUAUACACACAACUUUGGGGGUUCAUUUGGGAUUUUACCACUAACAGUACUUGCACAAUGAAUUAUCACAUAAAUAGCUUGUUAUCAAGUCAAUCACAGGUUAUUAAGUCAAUGUUCAUGGCCUGAAAAAACAUAACAGAGAAAAUACACGGGACACACUCUUAUGAUCCAUACAAACUGGAGAUUUAUACUUAGUUGUCAUAAAAUAUUGUAUUGUUGCACUUAAUGGUGUAUUACAACAUGAGAAAUUAGCAUUAGCCAAUAUGCUUAUAUCCAAAACAGAUAUUAUGUAGCCUACACAACAGACUAUUCUCAUCUCAAAUUAGGUCAUAUGUCCCUUGUAAUUUUAACAAUCCAUGUUUUCUGAGGAAAUUAGUAAAAUAAUGUAUUUGAUAGCUAAAUGACCUGCAUCCUGAUACAAAACAAUAGGUUUAAAGCACACGCUCUGGACGUCCACUCCUCACAGCCUCGCUUUGGAAUCAACAAUGGCUGCAGGCUGAAUAAGAUGUAUAAUGUACAGUAAAUAGAGAAUUGUUGUACAGCUUUGUGUAUGAAUCAGCUUUAAGCUCAGGUUUGUUAAUAUUCCUGUACAUUUUUCCUGUAUAUAUUGUGCUUUUUUGAUUCUUUUUGCAAAAGAAAACAAUAUCAUUCAUGAGAACUUGAAUCGUUUGAGUUUUAAAGAUCAAAUUGCUAACCCAUGUUUAUAACUGCGGUAAGCUCUAUAAUUAGCCGGCCCUAAUUUAAAUGGUUUCACAAGACAUAUAAAUAUACACUGAAAAUAUAACCUUUGCCACCAUGUUGUUGUUUUGUUUUGAUGUGAACGUCUUUUAUAAAACCAUUAAAUAGAAACAGAAAGAAUUACUUUUAAAACAGCAAAUGCAAGCGAAACAAUUUAGGUCAGUCAAGUUUGUUCACAGUGUCUUUACAAAAUGUGUCUCCCAUCUCCCACCUUAAAAACAACUCUGUUCAUUACUUAAUGUUUUUAUUUUUUAUUAUUCAUCAUUUAUUGUGAAAUGACAUUUGAAAACAAGUUUUUAUACCUACCAAAUCAGAAAACACUAAAGUUCAUAACCUUCAUUGUGCAACCACUUGAACUAAACAUAACAGCUUUGACUAUAAAUAAAGAACCGGUAUUCACACAA